AUGGAGCCUGCUGAGGAAGGGGAGAUCUUGGCACACAGACGGUUCACUGCAACCAAGAUGGAGUACGAGAAGAUAAGAAUCAUCGGGGAAGGCACCUUCGGACAGGUUAUUCUUGCAAGAAAGGGAAGGGCCAGAUAUGCACUGAAGAAGGUAAGCAAGGAAAAGGAGGGAUUGUCGGUGACAACGAUCAGGGAGGUCCAGGUUCUGCGGGCAAUGGGCCAUCCAAGCAUAGUAAGACUCAUAGAGGUUGUUGUCGAGCCUGGCGGAGAUAUCUACAUGGUGUUCCCAUACUUUCCAUAUGAUCUGAACAGAUUCAUAAGAAGCAACAAGAUGACAUGCAGCGAGAUCAAGCACAUAUUCUAUCAGAUUGCUCAGGGAGUGUGCUACAUCCACAGCAAGGGAAUCAUGCACAGAGACCUGAAGAGUGCAAACAUUCUUCUGGACCAAAAGCUGAAUGCAAGCAUCGCAGACUUUGGGAUGGCAAGGUACACAACAAAGACAGGAGCAUACACCCCAGGAAUGGUCACUUUGUGGUACAGGGCCCCGGAGAUACUCUUGGGGUCCUCCAGCUACACGUAUGCUGUGGACAUCUGGUCAUUGGGGUGCAUACUAACCGAGAUGUAUCUGGGGCACAUGAUAUUCCAGGGAAGCACGGAGAUGCUGCAGCUGGAGAUGGUUAUCCAUGCAUGCGGAUCCAUCAACGAAAACAGCUAUCCAGGAGUGCAGGACCUCCCUGGAUUCCGCAACUUCAGGCUUCCCCAGUCUCCCCGGAGAAUAGAAGGCAUCAUCAGGAAGCAUGAUGCGUCCGCAGUCGAGUUGGUCAGCAAGAUGCUUUGCCUCGACCCCUCCAAAAGAAUAACUGUGGAGCAGGUUGUAGGGAGCAAAUACUUUGAGCAUGAGGCUCGUAGGGACGCCUCCAGCGCUGGACUCCAAGGGUGCUCGUAUAGAGAAGACAGGCUCAGCCUUUCCAAAAGGAAAAAUGUCGAUUAA